AUGCCCGGCUCCCUGGAGAAUCGUCCCAAAGUCUGGGACUAUGAAACUGUUUUAGAAAAAAUAGGUUAUGGUAAAACCCAGUGGAUUCUAUUGCUGGUCAGUGGACUCUUGACAAUAACAACAGUGGCCGCCCAACAGGCGAUGGGCAUCAUAGUGAUCGCCUCGCAAUGUGACUUCCACACCACGCAGGCUGAAAAAGGUGUAAUGAUGGCCACAAGAACGGCAGGUUUAGUCCUAUCGACCAUUGUAUGGGGAUACAUAAGCGAUGAUGUAGGGCGACGCAAGGUUUUGAUCUACGGCACUUUUGCCAGCAAUGCCCUGCAGUUUAGUCUCAUGUUCGUCUCAGAUCUUUGGCUGUUUAACAUAAUUAAUUUUUUCGCUGGAAUUAGCGUGGGUAGCGUUCCAGCAGCACUUUAUCCAUAUUUGGGUGAAUUCAAUAUACCCCGUCAUCGAGCUGUGACGAUUAAUUAUUCGACGAUGUUCGUCACUGUUUCUGCGAUAAUUGUGCCAGCGGCUGCUUGGCUUAUACUUUCAUAUGAUUGGGCCAUAACCCUAGGCGAUUUUGUCUUCCGACCAUGGCGUUUAAUGUUGCUAAUCAAUCUUCUGCCUGGUUUAAUCGGGGGCUUAGUGCUAUUAUAUUACCCCGAAAGCCCCAAGUUUUUACUGUCUCAAGAUAAGACCCAAGAGGCAAUAGAAGUCGUCACUUGGAUAAGUAAAUUCAACAAGGGAAAGUCCAUUCAGCAGGUCAUGGAAUAUGAAGAAUUCACCCUAAAAUCAGAGGAUCCAGAUGGCGAAAGAUUGUUAGCCAACAGUCAGGGUAUUGUAACCAAAAUUGUUCAAGCAAAUAUGCCACUUUUUCACAAGCCUCACAGAUUAAAUUUUAUCCUUUGCAAUCUGGCAGUAUUUGGAUUGUUUUUUGCCUCUUGUGGCGUGCAAGUUUGGCUUCCAGACAUUGUUAACAAAUUAUCUGGUGACGUGAACAACUCAUCAACAGUGUGCAAAAUAUUAAGCCUUCCCCUUGGAGCCCCGCAAAAUGUUACACAAGAGGACUGCACAGUUCACAUCUCAAGCAAAACCUAUAUAGACAAUUUGAUUGUGGGCUUUGCCUUCUUGUUAGCAUUUUCCAUUCAGGGCUUUCUAUUGAAUCCUUUGGGUCGAAAGAAUGUCCUAUUCGCUGCUCUUGCAGGAGCCGUUUUGAGCGGCAUUUUUCUGCAUUUUAUAGGAAAUCCCACAGGGGUUCUCGUCGUGUUUUGCCUCUACAUAUUGCUGCCAGGACUCUGUAUUUCUAUUAUGAUAGGAGCCAUCGUUGAUCUGGUGCCCACACAUUUAAGAUCUAAGGCAGUUAGCUUUUGCAUGUCUAUGGGUAGACUGGGAGUCAUUGCAUCCACAAACCUGAUAGGAGUUAUGCUGACACCCUAUUGCAAUACAACAUUCGCCAUAUUUACUUCGACGCUUAUUGUCUGCAUUGUAAUCGUUCGCUAUCUUCCUAUUAAAAACUCUGCUUAA